GUGGGGUACGACAAUCAUACUUUAAUGAUUAAAAUGAACCGGCGGGCCCCGGAAAAUCGUAUAUAAACCUGGUGGCCGGGCGUACAAGUUUCAGACAUGCACCAUCGAUCAUCUAUAUAUCAUCCAGUACCAAUAUAUAUAUAUAUAUAUAUCCCUGCCAGUGGGCGUUCAAUUUCUCAGAGGAAUUGGAAGAAAAAGAUCGAAUUGAUAAUGACCAAGGGAAGUUUGCUGAAGAAGAUGAAGAGGUUAGUGUAUCGCGGCGGCCGUAGAGCAGCGGUGGCCUCAUCAUCAGCCGAAGCGGCGGCCGAGAAGUGGCGGGCGGAGGAGAAAAGGCGGCGCAUCCCGAGCGACGUUCCAAAGGGGCAUUUGGCAGUGUAUGUGGGAGAAAGGCAGAAAAGGUUUGUGAUCAAACUCACCACACUAAAGCACCCGCUGUUCAUAUCAUUGCUGGAUGAAACAGCAGCUGAGCUGCAGGAUGAAUAUGAAUAUGAAUAUGAUGAUUCCAAAUUCUGGAUUCCCUGUGACGAGAGCAUCUUCGUCAGCGUCAUUCGUUGCGCUACGCCUCCCCCAACUAAACUCUUCUCUAUUUGCAUUUGUUAAUCCCCCAAUUAAUUAGUCCCCAAAAAUCAAACCCCUUCUCUAAUUUAAUUUCUUCAUCAUUUUUCAAGGCAUUCAUAUUUCUCAUACUCUUUUUUGUAUUACGAAAUAUGAUAUUCUUUAUGAUCACUUCAUGGAGGUAACAUUUUCCAUACUUUGAGGUCUUUGACAUGCAUUCAUAUCAGAUAAUGAGUUUAAUUUCGUGAAAAUGUAAGGAAUUAUAAAGCUGCAAAUAUUACGGGACACCGAAA